GUUUCUACGAGUUAAGCGACGGGGCGUCCGGCUCUCUUUCUAACUCGUCUAACUCGGUCUUCAGCGAGUGUUUCUGCUCGAUGGCAGAAGCUGAUGGACGUCUCAUUUCUGCAGAUGAGCGGGCCAGCUGUUUGGAGUGUGAUGGUUUGGUUGGAGGACUUUGUGACGACUCGUCUUUCUCCGGUACCGUCCGUCGCUCGCUCUCGGCUCCUCACCCGGUCACCCUGGAUCCUCUUUCUUCGGUGGCCUCAUGUGACUCCCUGUCUAAAUACCACUGUGACUUGGUGGCAAAGAAUGGCAGCGAAGUUUACCGCUACCCAAGCCCUCUUCACGCCGUGGCUGUCCAGAGCCCCGUCUUUCUACAAAUGUUGGGUCCAAUCAGAGACGAAGGGCCUGUAAGAAGCGUUGAGGCCGGUGUUGAAGGACUGAAACUGGAGGCUUCCCCUCUUUCUGCUUCUGUUUCAGCCCCUCUUGUAUCUCAGAGCUCCUCUUGGCCGGCUACCUUUUCCUCCCAAACCCCUUCCCUUAAGCGCCUGGACAGCUAUAUCUUCAGUCUGCUGCAGCGGAGGGCCCUUCCCGUCCGGACCAGCAGACCCAGAACCAGCAUCAGCACUGACCCGUCAAAGAGCAUCCUGAGGCAGGCCAGUCUCUGUGUGAGGCAGGUGUCUGGGUUCGGUUUUGGGACUCUAAGGGGGUCUGAAUUCAGGCCCUCCUGGCCGGCUGGAGGCGCCUCAGCGGAAAGCUCGUCUCCUCAGAGGCAGUGGUCCGUGGAAAGUAAACCUGAGGAGCAGGAAACGCCGAAUGUUUUCCCUGAUGUCAGCGUCGAAACGAUGCAAAAUGGCUUCAAGAUGAACAGUGACCUGGCAGAAAACCAGAACAGCUCUACUCAUGGUAUUUGCAUCCAAAAUGGCUCUUCUGUCACUCACAUGGAUACAAGCACUAACAGUCUGCUGAAACAGAAAAGCAAAAGACUUCUUCCUCCCUCAGCUGUUUCUACUCUGCCUAAAGACUUCAGGGAGCUGGGUAUUCCCAAAGCUAACUCCUCUCCCAAAGAAACCCAGCAGCCAUGUUACUUUCCCGACCAGGACCUGCUCCUUAAAUCACCGGCAGUCAUUCAAACUUCUUCAGCUACUCCCAAGAACAGCCCAAGGCCUCUUCAAAACGUCCAGACGGAGAAGGUUGAAAGGUCAGAGGUAGCCUGUCUAGUUCCCUCCUCCCAAAGUCCGGAUGAAGCAGAAGGAGAAGGAGGAGGAGGUCACAACGCUAAGUACUUUUCCAGCCAGGGUCAGAAUGUCAAGCACCGUAAGAGUAGCAGCAAGAAUGUCAAGAGUGUCAAGGUGAAGACCACCACCACCACGAUGAAGACGAGUCGCACCUCUGAACACAAUGAGCAUAAGUCAGAAAGAAGAGGUGAUAAAUCCCAUCACAGGUCUAAAAAGUACCGGCUGUUGGAAGACGGAGCGUCCAUCAACAUCAAAGUCUCUAAGAGGGCGCCUGGUGGUGGCAGUUCUCAUGGGAUGAACUCCUCCAGGAUCAAACGCCUCCCUGCCUCCAUCCCAGAAGGCCGAGUUUUGGACAAACACGACACGUCCACGCUUGGCAGUGUGCGGUCAGGUGCAUCCAGACAUCAUGGUCACCACCAUCAUCAUCAUCAUCAAGGACGGGACCAGGUUGCCGUGGUCGCCAAACCCAAACACAAACGGAACGAUUACCGGCGAUUACGUGCGAUCAUGGAGCUUCAGUACGACGAGGCGUUCAGGCACGCUCAGCGACGUCAGAGAAAGGAGUUGUUGAACCAAUCUGCGGCAAAUGUUUACCUCCCCCCUGCUGGACAGGUGAGCAGCCCGUACUCCUAUGUGGCGAGAAGUGACUCUGAGUAUUCGGCCGAGUGUGCAUCGUUGUUUCACUCCACCAUCGUCGACACCAGUGAGGAUGAGAGGUCCAACUACACCACGAACCGCUUUGGAGACAGUGAGUCCAGUGAAGAGGAAUACAUCGAGGAGAGCACCACCACGAGUGACACUGAGGAGAGUGGAGGAGGUGGUGCAGGGGGAAUGGGAAGAGGGAGGAACCAGUUAGGGGCAACUGGGGCCAGGGCGGCGGGACAGGAAAUGACUCCAGCUCAGGCAAAGGCCUUCGUCAAGAUCAAAGCGUCUCGAAACCUGAAGAAGAAGAUCUUGAGGUUUAGGUCGGGUUCUCUCAAACUCAUGACCACCGUUUGAGUCAGCAGCUGUUCACAACCACACCCAUGUGACAAUUCCCGGAAAGGCUAAACAAAUACAAAUUAAAGUGGUAUAAACAAACAAUAAUAGUACAACUAAAAAAACUCGGGCUAAAUUGAAUUUCGGCUCCUACAUCUAGCAUACUUGAACCAAACCCAAUUGUGGAGCAGACCUGAUGGGAAAGCAGACUGUGGAUGGACAAGUGCUGCAUUUACAAAAUGGAAAAACACUUUUCUAUACUUACAUUUCGAACCAUCGCCAAGCCUCUUUUGCCUGAGGGACAACGCCAAACUAGUAAUCAAUAUUUGUAAAAAAUUGUGUGACCUUUUGUUUACGUCAACAAACAAGAAAAAGAAAAGUGCUUUUUUCUUAAUUUGCUCAUAUCUCCUGUUUAGCUUUUAAGAAGGUACAUUGGAUUCCUUCUAACACAGCCUUUACUGUUAACCAGUCGAGUCCAUCUGAACAACCCAGUAUUGUGGUAAUCACAGGUGAGAGAUACGUUUCCUCUGUUGCCAUUUCUUCUCGUGUUCUUCGGUAUGAUUCCUAAAUGCAAAAAGGGAACAAGGAAGGAUGAUUUGGUGUAUCCUUUAGUUUGUCAGUAACCUUGCAAAAGUUACAUAAGCUACUUGAUCUGCAACCAUAUGGCCUUAUUAACUUCCUGUGUCUAAAUUUACCAUCAUGCAGAUCAUGUGGGGUUUCAGUUACCCACCCCUCAUACCACAGCACUGGGUUGUUCACAUAGUGUGUGUGGGUAAACACAAAUAACACCAAACAUCUGAAGGCGCUAAGUAGUGUGAACUUAUAAGUUCCCACAUCAAACAAAUCAACAUGGCAGCCAAAACAGUAAACAAGUAUCACUGCAUUCAGGAUUUAAGGAGCAUUAGAUGCUUUUGGGGAACUACAUAUUUUGAAAAAGGUGAAGGGUUGGUUUGGAGUUUUGGAUUUAGCCAAUUAAAUUGUCUGCCUUCACUUUCCUCCAUCUUUCCUGGCCAAACAAGUGCCUCAGCCGGUGUAACCCUGGCCCCCUAAAGAAGAGAAAUCAAGCUUUUCUGUCUGCUUCAAACUGAAUAGUCUGCACCCAGAGUAUUUUGUAUCUAUUGUCAAAGUUCCCUUCUACUGCUUCCCAAGGUUUCUUUGAUAUCUCCCCAGCAACAAAAUAUCCCAGUUCAGAAAUACUGGUAAGUUAUUGGGAUCUCUAAAAAACAAUGUUUUGGAGAGCCCCCCAAAAGCCCAAGGGUUUUAUCGUCUUGAGGCCAUGAAAAUAGGCCAAAUAAUAAUAAUAGGGGGCCACACACCGAUCUCAUGUUUGGACAGUCCAAAAAGCAUUUUAGAACAAGCAUACUGAGGCUUAAUGUAAUAAGUGGGGCUGUAGUCAGGUUUUCAGAGAGUUUAUUGGAAAGUUGGAAAGUGAUUUUAGGGGGUCCCUACCAGAGAUGGGGUCGUUACUAAAAAAAAGUAAUAUAUUACAUAUUACUUUUUUUUAAAGUAA